UGUAGAAGUGUAUUAACAAGUUAUAUAGUUUCAGAUUUAUAGACCAGCCAAUUGAGAUUUAAUGUAAGAUGCCCGACUUGUCAGUGUUUACACUCAAUGUUUGGGGAAUAGGUUGUGGGAUUUCUGCUGACCGGGAGCCGAGAAUUAAAGCAAUUUCUCAUUUUCUCGCAUCAAACUCUUAUGAUAUAGUUUUACUACAGGAGCUUUGGGUUCCUUCAGACUACACAUCACUUCGGUCUUUUACCAAGGAUGUUUUACCGUAUCAACAUUUCUUCGACAAUGGGAUAAUCGGUAGCGGGACUUGUGUUCUCUCUAAGCACCCGAUACUGGUAACAUAUAUAUUUGUUCAUUGA